UGGUAACAUCCCAAAUUUUUCUAUAUAAAAAAUCACUCUCGCUUAACCCCCUAAACCAAUUUCUCCAUACCUGACUCCUCAAAUUCACUCUCGCUUUCUCUUUCCUCCAUUGAAGCGUACUUUUGAGUUCUCCAUUUUUGGGGACGGAACUAUGAAAGCGGAGUUAUUCCCUGCUUCGAAUAAAAUUAAAUUCGAAGAAAACGAAGAGAAUGAGGAUUCCUCGAGUGAAGAAGAUGAGGAAGCUGAAAUAGAGAAUGAACUUGCUGAUGUGCCUUUUGGAGAGUUGCAGAAGGCCCGUUCCGAUGGUACCCUUGCUUUGCACCGAAAGCGCGAAACUGAGAACAAGGCUAAGCGAGCUAACAAAAACAUGCCAAUGGAGGUGAGUAGCAAAAAGCCGGUUAGUAGAUUCAGAGAAGUGAUUCAAGUGCCUAAGAAGGUAGUACGCGAUCCACGAUUUGAAUCUCUUUGUGGCAAUCUUGAUGAAGAGGGGUUCAAGAAGAGAUAUAAUUUCAUCUAUGAAGAGAAGCUUCCCGCUGAAAAGCAAGAAUUAAAGAAGUCGCUGGAGUCAUCUAAAGACCCUGAAAAAAUUACAGAAUUAAAAACUCGCAUUGCCUUGAUUGACAAACAAAUGAAGUCUGACUCUACAAAACUCAGGAGAAACCAAAUUCUUUCUGAACACAAAAAGAAGGCAAGGGAAGCAGUAAAGCAAGGAAAGCGUCCCUAUUUUGCAAAGAAAUCUGAAAUCCGAGAUCUGAUUCACAUGGAGAAGUUCAAAGAUCUCAAGGAAAAAGGUAAGCUGGAUUCUUAUAUGGAAAAGAAGAGGAGGAGAAACGCUGCAAAGGACCAUAGGUUCAUGCCUUACAGGAAGUCUAACAAUAAUGAGUAACAAUACAGCUCUCUUCCGAUUCUUGACGAGCGGCCUCUCCUUGAUUUUCCAUCUCAUGGUGCAUACAACUUAGUUCUAUUUUGUCCGCGCACUUUGACUAUGUCCGACUUGUUUGAAGUACCUGACACAGACAAGGGCAUCAUUUUCAUAAUGCUCUGUUAUAUUUUAAUGAUCACAUCAGACUAAGGUGACUGGGUACUUGUUGAGCAAGGGUAUGAAAAGGUAACUGGAGAGUUAAUUACUUAACUGUAGUAUACUCAGCUCUAUAUUUUGGACUUUACUGUCAAUCUAGCAUCUUUUUCAUCUUAGCUAUUAUACCGUCAUUUGUACCUCUAAAAAUGUAUCACACUUGUUUCAAGUUGAUGAAAAUGCUGUGCAACUAUGAAUUUUUUUACAGUAUGGUUCUAUUUUCUGUGGCUAGUAACAAAAGAGCAAAAAUUUACAUUUGA